ACCUGCUGACCAACGCAACGCUAGCUGCGCACGCGGCCACGCAAGCUUCAGGGAAGCGGGAACUGUUAAAGCUUCUGAACAUUUCUCCGCUGCGAAUUAUUAUCUUGCCUGUGCACGUGACGGCAGCAGCUCUCGGCAACGAUCGGAUAAAAGCAGAGCAGCCGUGAUCAUUCGGCACAGCAGCUCAAUCCUAGCUAUCUUCUCACCAGGCACACACCGAUCGACGACGCGCACGAUCAGCGAGCGGGGGGAGCGAUGGAGGCCGAGGCCUUCCCGAUACGCUUCACGAAGGGCAUCAGGUCCUACUGGCGACGGCGCGACUACCAGCCCGCGGACGGCGCCGGCGCGGCGUCCCGCGGCAGGCGCCGGCGCAGGCUGGUGCGGCUCGGGGACGGCAGCGGCAGCGGGCCCAGGCCAUGGGCCGUGCGGCUCGGCGGCAUGUUCCGGGCGAAGGGCCGCCGCGGCAGGGCGCCGGCGCCGGCCCCGGCCGCGCCCGUGGCCAAGGCGCUCAUGCGCGUGCUCGGCCGGAUCCGGGACGCCUACGUGAACGUGAUGCUGGGCGCCGCCAAGACGCGGCCGGCCGCGGCGCGGGCGCUGCCCACCGCGCCCGACGCGCUGUGGCAGAAGCGGGUGCCCACGCGCCGCUCCAGCAGCAAGGCGCAGCAGAAGGCCGACGAGCUCGGGCAGAGGCUCGUCAUGGAGAUGUACAAGUCUGUGCUCGCGUCCAGGAACAUCUCCGGCAUGCUCCAUGCGUCCGUGGCGCGGUAGCGUGCAUCUGCAGCGCGUUGCGAACGCGCCCAGGAAGAAGUCUUUUCACAUUCCUUUAGCUUCUGCUUGACCUCUGUACAUGUUACGUUUUACAUCCAUAAAGCAUGGGGUUGGCGGGUUGCUAUGCUGACGUUCUCCAAUUCCUGGUAAUUGUAGCAAUCAUGGUAACCGCUGCAAAAGCUCUGUAACUACGCUCAUUUUUUUGGAACA